AUGGAUUUCAUCGAGACUACUGCCUCAAAUCCUGACUUUGUGAAGAAUAUUCAAUGGGACAAAGUGACUGUUGGAGACAUUGCAGCUCAUAUUGGUGGUAUACCACGACUGGGUCUGCCGGUCGCAUCAGACAUUGCUCUGCUGGGGACAGCCGACCCCGCCACCUUGAAGAUCUGGGGCCUGCCAACUCCAAAUAUCAUGAAAUGCGGCAUUCAAGACUACGUCCAGGGCAUCGCCUCCAAUUCACCGAGAUACUUACCUGGAAAUAGCCCUCUCUAUUCUGAUAGCGACUUCUUUCUACUUGGGGGAGCAUUUUCUAAUAUUACUGGCAAAUCCAUGGAUGACUUGUACCAAGAUGCCUUGUUUAACCCUCUCGGACUGAAGAACACUUUAUCCAGCCCACCUAUCAAGCCCGAGCUUCUCAAUCGCACAGUUAUUGCCUCGACCCUUGAAAGUGACUUGAUCAAUGUACCCAUUACCACCCCAUCUGGCGGUAUUUACUCGACCACCAACAACCUUGCGAAGAUCGGAAUCAGUAUUUUGAAUUCCACUCUUCUGCCAGUUGAUCGGACUAACCGAUGGCUUCAACCUGUCCCCUUUACGGGAGAUCUCCACUAUGCACUUGGCCGACCGUGGGAAAUAUAUCGUUACGUCCACCCAGACACCAGCGUGGUAACCAACAUCUAUACCAAGUUAGGGGAUUCCGGAAGCUAUGCAAGUCUUCUUGUUCUUAUUCCGGACUUUGAUUUUGGAUCCACCAUUUUGGGAGCUAGCUCUCUUGGGGUCCAAACUCAAGCAAUCCAGCUCAUUGCUGAUCAACUCACCAACACCAUGAUACCGUCGUUGAUGACCCAGGCUCGUCAUGAGACAUUCAAGAAUCUGGCGGGUACAUACAUGCCCAAAAAAAAGAGACUGAACACAAGUGUCACAUUGACUGUUCCUUUCUCGGCGAAGUCGCCUCCAGGUCUCACCAUCUCCAAAUGGGUUAGCAAUGGCACAGAUUUUAUCGAUGUGCUGGCAAAAACUUUGGUGCACCUGGUACCUCACGUCCCUCAGCGACCCGCAAAUCGAAAUAUGGUCUGA